AAUGAUGCCCCAACGGAUGCAGAGUUGUCCGAUUUCCAGGAGAUAGUCAAGAAGGCAUCUGGGCGCAUUGCUGAACUUGACGAGAGGAUUGCAGAUGCCAGGAAGACACUUGAUGCUCUUUUGUCAGAGCGUAUUUUAAUAGAGGAAGACUCUAAGGAUGCCAGAGCGCUUUCCUCGCCAGUUCGAAGGCUACCACACGAUGUUCUUCGUGCGAUCUGUCUCGAGACCAUACCGUCUCCUUUCCAAACCAUGUCCAGGUCGGAUUACUACAAUAGUCUGGAUCACAGAAAUUCUCCUUGGACGGUAUCGCAGGUCUGCCAUGGUUGGCGAUUGAUUAUGGUUAGCUCGCCGGAGCUCUGG